AAACCGUUAACGGUCCCCGCAUUGACCGUUGGUCUCAUAUUUCCCUCUUCACACAAAACGAUUUCCAAUCUCAUUUGAUCUUCCAUUCCAUGAGCUUCAGAUCUUGUUCACCGAUGAAUGUCUACACAUGAUUGAUCUUACGAAAUUGUAUUGUUUUUAGGUCCAAAUCUGUGGGUUGGAUUGGAGUUUUGAUAUUGUUUCUGGUAAUUGACAAUGUCAGAUUACAGUCAAAAGAUUGAUUAUGUAUUCAAAGUGGUAUUGAUUGGUGACUCCGCCGUGGGAAAAUCUAAUCUCCUCGCACGUUUUGCUAGAAAUGAAUUUAGCCUCGAUUCUAAAGCAACAAUUGGAGUCGAAUUUCAGACCAAAACGCUUAUUAUUGAUAACAAAACGGUUAAAGCACAGAUUUGGGACACUGCUGGCCAGGAAAGGUACAGGGCAGUGACAAGUGCAUAUUACCGAGGAGCAGUUGGGGCAAUGUUAGUUUAUGACAUGACCAAGCGUCAGUCAUUUGACCACAUGGUGAGGUGGCUGGAAGAACUAAGGGGGCAUGCUGAUAAAAAUAUCGUGAUUAUGCUCAUAGGAAACAAGUGUGACUUGGGAAGUCUUCGAGCAGUGCCAACAGAAGAUGCACAAGAAUUUGCACAAAGAGAAAACCUUUUCUUUAUGGAGACAUCAGCUCUCGAAGCAACAAACGUUGAAACUGCAUUUUUGACAGUGCUAACAGAAAUAUACAGGAUAAUUAGCAAGAAGUCCCUUACAGCAAAUGAUGAUGGAUCUGGAGGAAGCUCAGCGCUUCUGAAGGGAACUAGGAUUAUUGUUCCUACCCAGGAGCAGAAUUCAGCAGGGAGAGGCUGCUGCCCGUCCUAAUAAUUUAGAACUUCCUUUUUUUUUUCCUUUAAAUUUUUUCACUUGGAAAGAUUUUGUUAAUUUAGGGCUUUUAAUUGUUUUCAACAGAAACAGAAUCAUAUAUCAUGUGGAAAAGUGUUUAUUGAAUUGUUUUGUUUAUGAUGAGUAAAAUUACAUCAGCUCUAACAGCCUCA